CGACAACCUGAACCCAACUUCUCCUCCCUUCAUGGCCGCAGGGUCAAUCGUGUCUGAGCGCAUGCGACGGCCCGCCAUGUGGCGACACAGCCGUGCUCUCCGGGACUGACUCAGGUCUCUGCAUCGCCAGAAUCAACAAGCGGCGCAUCAAAGGCCAUUGAGCAGCGCACCACACGCCGAGCGCUUCACGCAAUCUCAGCACUCUCGACGCUGAAACCCAUCAUGCGUCGAGCAUCGUAAGAAGUGUUUGGCGUGAAGGCGCAUGGUCCGACAUGACCGCGAACAACGCAUCUCCAUCAUCUCGGUUUUCCCGCGACCGCGCCGACGACUUGCCCAAGCCCACAAUGACAGCCUCCCAAUGUGAUGAGGGCCAGCCCACGGCGCACGGGCGGACAGCCAGCAUCAUCCAAGACGUGUCUCAUGAUCACGUUUCAAAUCCUCCCACGAACACCAAGAUCGAUCCGGCGAUGUUCGAACUUCUCACUGCUCGGGUCGUCGAAGAAGCCACCAGGAGAAUGGCAGCACAGCGAACGCCGCCCUUUUCCGCCUCGGGCGCAUCGUCUCCUCACUCUUCUCAGUCCCAAGCGACGCCUUUGACGCUUGAGCAGGGCGACUCCGUCUUCGGCAUCAAUGCGACAUCCCCUCCGCGCCCUCCCUCCGACGUCGACAGUCAUUUCAGUCAACAUAGUGGUACAAGUGGGAGACGGUCGGACGACAUAUGGAGCAUGGAAGAUGCAGAGCUGCCGGCUACGAGGAGCGGGUCAGAGAGGACUACCCGGCCAGCAGCGGGGUUGAGUAGAAGCAACCUUCCGCAAGAAGAUGACGCUCGGGUUGAAGAAGACAUACGAUCGAGCUCGCGACCGGGCAGAAAGGACAGCAAGCUGGGAGCGGAUGCAGCUUCCGAUGGACUUUCGAGAGGUGUUCAUAAAACAGAAGCGCCAGGCCCAGAGGAAACGGCUCUCGAAAGGGCUUGGGGACCUUUGUUCUGCGAUGGUGAACCGACUCCCCGACUCAGUUCUUUUCUCCGCGGCCUCGCCCUCCACUUAAUCGACGACUACGAACCCAAGCGCAGCCUCGUCGUCACGCCAGCUAAGAUGCAGAGAUUCUACAGCGAGACCAGAAUCGAUGCGGAGAUCUAUCCAUGGGACACAAUCUUCGGCAGGCUACCCGCCAAAUCGCUGUCGAGGAUGUACUCGAGGCUCGCUUGUCCAUAUCAUCUGGUUCAAGAAGGCGAUCAAGAUCACCCAACCAUACCGUCCCUGACGCCUCGGGGCUUCGAGAUCUUCAUGACCUGUCUCAUCCAGGCGCAACCAGAUGCGGAGUUUGAUCGCCUCGCGAAGGCCGUCAUGCAUAUGCCCAUUUCAAGCGCGGACAACAUGGCCGAGCGGUUUCCCAAAGAACUCUCACGGCGUCUUUUCCCCGCAACACCGCAGCUUGCCUCACAGCAGAGACUUGUGGCAAGUUUAGAUCACGAGCCGGAUAUCCUGGACCAGUUGAAGGGAUUGGUGUCUAUGCCUCCACCGCCGCCACCAAUGCCGCAGCGCGAUGCAAGCUUGUAUCCCGAACGUCAGCGUCAGCCGUACUCCAGGACUCCGCGCCAAACCGGUGCUCUGAGCGACGAUGAUUUCGACCUACCAUACGUUCCGCUGGAGCGACAGCGGCUGCCAUAUACAGGACGAGAGGGCAGUGGCAGAGUCUUUGGCGAAGAUCCUCCCCUCCCGGCCCAGCCUUAUGGUGCCGAGGCCAGCAACAGAAGGAGUACUGGAACUGGUGCAAGAGUGCCGACAAAUUCGAUGCACGGCACCUCUUCAGGCUCCAGUGAGCCGAUCAACAUACCUCCACGGACUCAGCCACGACCUCCCGCCGGCUCGCCACCAUCCGUGCACGGCAGGCAACCCAGGCUUUCACGUCACCGCUCCUCCCCUCCGCCGCGGAGUGCAUUCGGCAGAAGUGACUCUUCAAUUCCCGCUAUGCCCGAGCAACAAUUUGGAAGCCGCCUCCAUCCUGCCCAGAGCAGCCCCGAGCAAAACAGCACCGGAAUGGGAAGUUUUGAGAAGGGCGGGAGUCGAGGCUUUCGCGGCGAGUCCUUCUCCACACGCAACGCGCCAGCUUUCAGCGCAUACAACUAUCAUCCUGGAUCCAUGGGUGGGCCAGUAGGCGACCCUCUGCCGUCGAGCAGCUACGAGGCAAGGCGGGCAUGGCAGCCGCCUCCGCCUGAGACUGCCAGAAUGCGAGACAGACGACGAAAUACGAUCAACAGUCAAGCGAGUGGGCAGGGCGGCGGACCAGAUUGGCAUGGAUCUUCUUCUCCGGCCGGCAGCUUUUUCCCUCCCUCCAUGACCUCAUCCGGGUCGGCACCACAGCAUUAGCGACGCCGUGUGCCUUCACGUGAGAGCAGUGAGGAGGACAGGGAGGAGCGCGGGCGGCGGAGGCGUUCGCGUCGGAGUUGACAAGCAUCCUAAUGAUUAUACGAAGACGAUAUCCGAGUUGGGAUGAAGACAUGAGAUGCACAUGGCGAAAGCGGCGUUCGACUUGGCUUUUCCCGAGGUUGUUUCUUACGGAUUGCUUUAGACGUAGCGGAGAUACCCCAUGCGUAGCUUGGAAUGUAAUGAUAGGGCACGUUUACCUGUGAC